AUGUCCCAACGAUCUUCACAACACAUUGUAGGUAUUCAUUAUGCUGUAGGACCUAAGAUUGGCGAAGGGUCUUUCGGAGUAAUAUUUGAGGGAGAGAACAUUCUUCAUUCUUGUCAAGCGCAGACCGGUAGCAAGAGGGACUCUAGUAUAAUAAUGGCGAACGAGCCAGUCGCAAUUAAAUUCGAACCGCGACAUUCGGACGCACCCCAGUUGCGUGACGAAUUUAGAGCCUAUAGGAUAUUGAAUGGCUGCGUUGGAAUUCCCCAUGCUUAUUAUUUUGGUCAAGAAGGUAUGCACAACAUCUUGAUUAUCGAUUUACUAGGGCCAUCAUUGGAAGAUCUCUUUGAGUGGUGUGGUAGAAAAUUUUCAGUGAAAACAACCUGUAUGGUUGCCAAGCAAAUGAUUGAUAGAGUUAGAGCAAUUCAUGAUCACGACUUAAUCUAUCGCGAUAUUAAACCCGAUAACUUUUUAAUUUCUCAAUAUCAAAGAAUUUCACCUGAAGGAAAAGUCAUUAAAUCAUGUGCCUCCUCUUCUAAUAAUGAUCCCAAUUUAAUAUACAUGGUUGACUUUGGUAUGGCAAAACAAUAUAGAGAUCCAAGAACGAAACAACAUAUACCAUACCGUGAACGAAAAUCAUUGAGCGGUACCGCCAGAUAUAUGUCUAUUAAUACUCAUUUUGGAAGAGAACAGUCACGUAGGGAUGAUUUAGAAUCGCUAGGUCACGUUUUUUUUUAUUUCUUGAGGGGAUCCUUGCCAUGGCAAGGUUUGAAAGCACCAAACAACAAACUGAAGUAUGAAAAGAUUGGUAUGACUAAACAGAAAUUGAAUCCUGAUGAUCUUUUAUUGAAUAAUGCUAUUCCUUAUCAGUUUGCCACAUAUUUAAAAUAUGCACGUUCCUUGAAGUUCGACGAAGAUCCGGAUUAUGACUAUUUAAUCUCGUUAAUGGAUGACGCUUUGAGAUUAAACGACUUAAAGGAUGAUGGACACUAUGACUGGAUGGAUUUGAAUGGUGGUAAAGGCUGGAAUAUCAAGAUUAAUAGAAGAGCUAACUUGCAUGGUUACGGAAAUCCAAAUCCAAGAGUCAAUGGCAAUACUGCAAGAAACAAUGUGAAUACGAAUUCAAAGACACGAAAUACAACGCCAGUUGCGACACCUAAGCAACAAGCUCAAAACAGUUAUAACAAGGACAAUUCGAAAUCCAGAAUUUCUUCGAACCCGCAGAGCUUUACUAAACAACAACACGUCUUGAAAAAAAUCGAACCCAAUAGUAAAUAUAUUCCUGAAACACAUUCAAAUCUUCAACGGCCAAUUAAAAGUCAAAGUCAAACGUACGACUCCAUCAGUCAUACACAAAAUUCACCAUUUGUACCAUAUUCAAGUUCUAAAGCUAACCCUAAAAGAAGUAAUAAUGAGCACAACUUACCAAACCACUACACAAACCUUGCAAAUAAGAAUAUCAAUUAUCAAAGUCAACGAAAUUACGAACAAGAAAAUGAUGCUUAUUCUGAUGACGAGAAUGAUACAUUUUGUUCUAAAAUAUACAAAUAUUGUUGUUGCUGUUUUUGUUGCUGUUGA